CAUGAUUGAAGAGACUACCAUAACAAGUACUUCAAUUCAUUCGAAAAGAGUAUAAAAUAUUUACGUUACGAUAGUUACGUGUAGCAGCAGUGAAUUUUCACGCAAACAUUUUUCUUAUCAAAGGGUUCAGCAUUUGGAAUUUUGCAAAUCUCUACAAGACAAUUUGAAUCGUCACACAAAAUGAGGCAAUCCAAUAAACUGAAAGAAAUGUUCGACGAGAAUUUGGUGCGAGACACUACCGGAUUUUUUGAUGAUUACGCAGAAAAUAACAUCGCUUUCAAGGAAGAAAUCCAGAAGAACAAUAAUAAUUUCAUGUGCGACUUUGACUCAACUACAAAUGAUUGCAACAAGUCGACUCCUGUUUCAUCGAACUCCCUUACCGAUCAACACAAGAAAUUUAUAACAAUGUGCAAACAAGAACUCGGCAGCGAUUUACCGAUGGAUUUUAAUCGAUGGACACUCAAGGAACAAUACGAUCAUCUUGUAAACAACACUAGUAAAUAUUUUCCAAACAUACCCGAAUCCCUGAGAUUCGUCUUGCCGGCGACUUUCGAGGAUGGAGACUGCGGUCGACCGAUGAAUGAGAGGCCGAGUUGGCUAGACAUGGACAAGUUUUAUCGAGGGCAACAAUUUGCUUUGCGUUAUAUUUGCGUUCUCUCCAUAAGCAACCUGAUGGGACUAUUGCAAAUAUUCAGCUUUGCCGACGGAUUAAAGCCAUUGAUCCUAAGCCAGAAGUCCAAUACGCCGUAUCGCGUCUUCAAGCGCUACCUAUCAACAAUUAAUCGUUUCAGAAACUGGUACACGAGCGAUCCUUGGUGCGAAGGAACGCAAGCCUAUCGCGACAUCCAGACAGUACGAAGGAUGCAUCGCACCAUGAGAAAAAAAUUGUGCAGCAUGAGCGAUGAGCAGAUUGACCUGGCUAGCGAGAUUUCGCAUAUAAAAUGCCCGGCGUUUAAAACGAUUGCGAGAGACUUCGCGGACUCGUGUCCAAUGGCGAAAAGCUGGCAAUGUCCGUAUACGAUGUUAAGAAUGAAGGGUUUGAAUCAGGGCGACAUGUCGGGCACGCAGUUUGCCUGCAUGGGUCUGAUAGUGCUCUAUCCGGAGUGGUUUGGAAUGUAUGACGCCAGUGACGAAGAUCUGGAAGCGUUCUGUCAUCUUUGGCGAGGGCUAGGCUACCUGCUGGGCAUCGAGGAUCGAUACAAUUUUUGCCGCGGCAGUUUGCAGGACGUACGUCAACGUGCCAAGGACUUUAUCGAGCAUUGGGUAAAGCCAAACUUUCGCAUGGUGACGACGGAAUGGGAGCACAUGAGUUUAUGCCUCUACGAGGGCAUCAAUGAUAUCUCUGGUUUCAACAAUUAUAAAGUCUUUCUGUUCUACCUAUGCGACAUGUUCAAGCUCAACAUGCCUCGCCUGUACAAUUCUUUCAGUUUGUCAGAAAGAAUAAUGUACGCACUAUUGAAGUUUCUGUUCCGUUAUUUAAUCAAAUUGCCAGGUGUUCUUUCCUUCAUAAAUGUCAUGUUUCACAAAAAUCUGAAUCAAGCGGCAAACUUAGGACCUAAAAAACAUGCCAAGCUUAAAAAGAAGUUAUCCAAGAUCAUCCCGUUGUCAUCUAAGAUAUAACUCUUUGAUGUUAAAUUUGAAGUUUUUACGUUCUUCACUUAUUUUUGUAAUAGUAUCAGCGAUUAUGAUAUUAGUUUAUGAGAAUAUAUAGAAAGUAUAUCAAAAGUUAUUUUAU